CCAUGAUGGAAAGAAUUGGGAGUAUCGGUAUAUUGAAUAUGAAGUUCAGGCUUGGAAUGAUAAACAUCUCAAGUCUCCAUUGUGAACAAGUUUCUGAUCCAUAUGAUCUUUGAGCUUGUUUGUUCAAUUUUCUAGACAAUUUUGAAAUCUAGUGAGGCGAUAUGAUUGGGGUUCAUGAAAUAUUCAAAAGUAGAGCUACUGAUGGUCUUCUAUCGAGUUUUGGACAGACAGGGCAAGUAUUAUUUGGAAAUGUGUUUCGAAACAACACGCUUUAUGUGGUUCGUAUUACGUGUUUCUCAAGAGCAAAUGGUGAAUCUACAUGGACGUGGUCUAAGACAACAUUCUAUUCUACACACAUCUCCGAAUCAAUCGUCGAUUAGAGAAGACUAUUCAAAGUUCAGCCCAAUGAAAAGUUUCUUUUUGAUAUCGAUAGUUGAAUCUAGGAAUUCUGAUCCAGUAUCUACGAAAUCGACGUUAUUGAUAAAAAAAAUCUUCGAGAUUGUAA